GUCCAACUGAUGAACAGGAGAAGCGAUGGGUUUCUGUUUUGUGGACGCAGAGUGAAGGCAGACUGACGGGGAUAGCAGGGGAUGAAGGACUGCAGUGCCGGUUACAAUUGAUGCCGCAGACUAGAGAGAGAGAGGAUUGCUUCUUCCCAAAAUGACCUCGAAAGUCACCACCUUGUAUUUGCCACAGUGGAGCACUGGCUUAAUGAGCAUUAGGUGUUUAUAUCUGUCGGCCGCCAAUGCUUUUAAAUUGUGUAAGACGUGUGAUGCAGAGGAGAACAUGGUCCCACUUUUUCUUGGCGCUGAUUUAUUCUCAAAAACAGGAAUCCGCACAGAGAAUCACCCAAGGUUUCAUGCAAAAUUUGCAAAGAAGGGAUUAGCUACUAAACUUAUUUUUUCUGCUGACUUCCGAGUUCAUGGACUGAGGCUAGCGAGUGGAAUGAACAGCUUAUGGUUUUACAGUAUUCAGGGGUUGUUCCGUGUUGCUUUUGAAAUGUACAGCAAAGAAGAACAGCUGCUGGUCUUAGAAAACUUCCAGGAGCUAUGGAGAUCUAGAAUAAAUGAUGGUCUUCUCAACCAGUCGUACAACAUGGAGUUACUGUUGGGUGGGAUUCAAACACAAGAUGUUGUUGGAUACUACAACCAGGAGUGUUUGACCAGAUUACAGAUAGAAAAUGUUUCACAACUAAAUUCAUACUUAAUAGAAGACGACCCAGCAAUUGAGACUGAUCCCAUCGUUUCAUGCGAAGUGACAGCAUCUCUCUCGAAUUACACUCAGUUUAAGGUUGACCAUACCUACUGCAGGUCAGAAGAUGGUGAUGCUGAAAUAUCUUCUAGCCCCCAACAUCAGGUUUCACAAAAAAUCAAAACGUUAGAACGUUUGUUACAGAACUCAGUUACAGAUAUGCAUAAAGAAAAAUCUGGAGUUGUCCUGCUUUUGCUGGACUACAUAGAUCAACUAAUAAGCAGAGUCACCAAUGAAGAGAAAGUGUCAGAUAUUAUAUUGCAAAUUUUAAAGGCGACAUAUAAAUUACACCAAGAGCAAAACCCUGAAACCAACGUUACUUCGGUUUACAACAGUCCCUUGCUUCAUACAGUUAGCAGCUGGCUAGGACAGCAGUUCAGUUCUGCAAAUGCCUGCAUUAGCAAACAAAUUGAGGAGUUCAAAGAAAACCACAUAGAUAGGAUCACAGAUCUGCCACCAGCGGAGGAACUGGUUAGCGAGUUGUUUCCUGAGUCUAUGAGGGUACUAUUAAUGAACUGGAUGGGUCUAAGCGAUGACUCUGCUUCAUGGAAACGGCACAGUGAAUAUCCCAUACUGCUUCUCAUAUUAGAAUUUGCUAAUCACAACCUUAUUACUGGAGUUGCACAUGUAUUAUAUUCUAGUCUAAUAUGCAAAUAAAUGCAUGUAAAGUAAUGGUUGUUUUGUGAAACCCCCCACCGAUGUUUAGGAAAAUAUUAAUACUAUUUUGUAAUAAUGUGUAAAGAUAUAUAUAUAUAUAUAUAUAUAUAUAUAUAUAUGAUAGUGGCAGACUAGGGGGAGAAGAAAGAGUUGUCCAGGAGCAGUUAAAGGACUACAUCUCCCAGAAUGCGACAGAGGUGAGCCAGGAGGUGGUACACCUGGCUCCCAUCAGGGUAACGAAACUCUGCAGUCAGGGCUGUGUGCCAGGCUGAGGCAAGCUGUGUGUUCCUGUGUUGAGUAAUGAAAAAGUAGUGUGCAAACCUUUUUAUUUGUGUGUUGGAAGAAUUGUUUUUGUAACUGGGAUACGGCUUAGCCGUCCAGUGUUUCGUUUAGGAAACCAAAAAAGUUAGUGCUCCAAGACGGGAGUUUGUUUUUAUUUGUUUUUGUAAACAAUAAAGAGUGCAAACACACUGAAAAACUUAAAUCUUGUGUUGAGUCAGUGUUUUUAAAGUGGCAAAAGAACGUGAGUGAGUGCAGCUUUGUUACUAUAUAUAUAUAAUUCCAUUUAAGGUUUUCCUAUAACCACUCAAAUACGUAAGUGCCUGUUACUCAAAUCUGAUAUCAGGUGUAUAAGGUGGCACAUACUAUGGAUGCUUAAGUUAUAGACUUGUUCUGUUUUAAAGAUGUAAUGUUUUAUGACCUAAACAAAAAAUCACAGUACUUUUUUAAUAAAGCAAUGUUGA